AGAGUUCAAAAGCUAAUCCCAACCCACUUUUGUUUCUUUCCUCUUGGUUCAGUCUUUCAUGUUAAUCAGUGUUUUGAUUGCCAAAGUUAGCUGGCUAAAAGCACCGAAGCAGUCCACUGUGCUGUGACCUAAAUUUGUCUAAACCAUCAGAAAAGCGAGGAAGGCGUCUGUGUAGAAAUGACUAUGGUCUGUUUGAAUGAUUUUGAGGAAUAUGCCAAGCAGCACCUCUCAAAGGCUACGUGGGACUAUUACGAGGCUGGAGCUGAUGACUGCUGCACCAGAGAUGACAACUUGGAGGCCUAUAAACGGAUCCGCUUGAGGCCGCGGAUCUUACGUGAUGUGUCGAUCAAUGACAUGCGGACCUCUGUGCUGGGAAUGGAGAUAAGCUUCCCUGUGGGAAUUGCUCCCACAGGUUUCCACUGCCUUGCGUGGCACGAGGGAGAACUGGCCACUGCUAGAGCCACUGAGACAGUGAACACCUGUUACAUAGCCAGCACAUACUCCACAUGUUCAGUGGAGGAGAUUGCUGCAGCAGCACCCAACGGGUACCGUUGGUUCCAGCUGUACUUGUACCGGGACCGUAAACUCUCGGAGCAGAUUGUAAGCAGGGUGGAGGCACUUGGUUACAAAGCUCUGGUGCUUACAGUUGACGUGCCCUACACUGGCAAACGGCGCAAUGACAUACGCAACCAGUUUAAGCUUCCACCUCACCUGAUGGUCAAGAACUUUGAGGGAAUGUUCCAGGAGCAGGCAGGCUCUCAGGAAGAAUAUGGGAUCCCAGCUAAUACACUGGACCCGUCAAUCAGCUGGAAGGAUGUGUACUGGCUCCAGUCUCUAACACGGCUGCCUAUAAUCAUCAAGGGCAUCCUUACAAAAGAGGAUGCAGAGCUGGCCAUAGAGCAUGGCGUCCAGGGGAUAAUUGUGUCUAAUCAUGGGGGCCGGCAACUGGAUGGAGUGCCCGCAACGAUAGAUUGUCUGCCUGAGAUAGUGGAUGCAGUGCAGGGCCGGGUCGAGGUCUACAUGGACGGAGGGAUCCGCACAGGCAAUGAUGUGCUAAAGGCCAUAGCCUUGGGAGCCAAAUGUGUGUUUAUUGGCAGACCAGCAAUCUGGGGCCUCGCUUACAAGGGGGAGGAAGGAGUGAGAGAGAUCUUACAGAUUCUACAUGACGAGUUUCGUUUAUCCAUGGCGCUGUCAGGUUGCCGAAACGUUGCUGAAAUCAACAGGAACCUCAUUCAGUUCUCCAGACUUUGAACAGCAAAGAGGACUUUAAUAAUUUCUACUUUACCACUGACAGCAGAGCACCGCAAAGAUCCACUUUAUCCACUAUUAAUACUAAAUCUAGUCAAGAAACCACUGUUGCUUUAAAUCACAUUUAGCAAGAAUGACAUAUUUACAAAUGUUCACAGUUUAUGGAUGGUUUUAAUAUAGUAUUUGUAUUUCAGUAAACAUUAUUCACGGCACUGCAUAAAUUCCACGCUGUUUUGACAGAGAGUGAAUUAUUUUAUUUUAGAACCUGAUGAGUCUCCAAUUGUAAAAUGUAUUUAUAUAGCACGUUAUAAAAUACAAAUUGCUUCAAACCAGCUUUAUAGUACUAGUAAACAGUGUUAGCUAAGCAAACUUGUUCAAUCAGGAUUCAGUUGUUUCAGUUCUCAUAAUUACAAUUUAUGUUUCAACUAUAAAGCAUCUCUGCAGAAGAUACUAAUCUGGUAAAUUAGCUAUUUUGUGCUUUACAUGCUUUACUGUAUGGCAGAAUCUGAUUCACAGGACUGAGUAAGUCAGUAAUGCACAAAGACAUCAAGGAAGUUCAUUUAUAACAGUGGUUUUAAAGUUGUCUUAUGUACAGUAGCUGGCAACAAACUAAUGUGCAAUAAGAAAAGUUUCAGAUUUUGGAACAAAGUAAAGUUAGUAUUGAACAAAUAUUGCGUGUGUUAAAAUAUCCAGUGUGGCAAAACUAAACAAUAUGAGAUUCUCAGAAGUAAUAAAUCAUGGUGUGUGUUAAAUCAGUAUUUAUCUGACAAUUAAUUGCUACACUUUUUCUGUUGACUUCCUACUUUUUGUUUGUAAAAACUCAAUUUUUCACUCUUAAAAUAAACACAUCGUACAAAUGUA